AGGAGCAGAGCAUCCCAUUCCUGCGUGAUCAGUGUAAGCUGGACAUGUCUUCUUCUACAGAGAUGACGGCCACUGCGAAGAUCACCCCGGAGGUUCUCCAGGAACUCCUGCAGCACUACAACCUCUCGCGUCGGGAAUUCAUCCACACCUACAACAUCCAGCCUUUGGUCUACAUCCCAGAACUCCCUGCCGGAGCCAAAACCACGUUCGUCGUGAUGUACGUGAUUAUCUUCGCGCUGGCGCUGGUCGGGAACAGUUUGGUGGUGUAUAUCGUGGUGCGUAAACGCGCGAUGCGCACCGCCACCAACAUCUUCAUCUGCUCUCUCGCGGUCAGCGACCUGCUCAUCACCUUCUUCUGCAUCCCCUUCACACUGCUGCAGAACAUCUCUUCUGAGUGGCUGGGAGGGCUGGUGUGGAUCGCUGCUGUCAUGGUCGGAUCACCGAUGCUGUUCGUGCAACAGCUAGAGGCGAGUGGCAUCACAAAAUAA